CGGCCCUCGCCAACCCACUUGCUCUUGGUUCAGUCUCCUAGUGCAUCAGACCGACCUUACUCGCUGAUCUAUCUCAUCUGCUCAUCGACUAUCGCCACAGCUCCCGCCAUGGGCAUCUGGUCGUCGCGGCCGGAAGCGGCGGCGGAAGGCGAGGCGGCGGUGGCGGAGACGAAGCCCAAGGGACUGAAUCUGGACGACCACGUGAUGCUCAAGCGCCACCUCGACGAGGUGGCCACGGACAUAAUAAUAUCGCGGGGAUACGAGGAGGACCACACGCUGAGCAACGUCAAGAUGGCGAUCUGCGCCGCGGCGUGCGCCGUGGCGUGCGUGGCGCAGUUCUACCCGCGCAAGUUCCCCGACAACCGCGCGCUGCUACUCGCCUGCAUCCUCCUAUACAUAGCGCUUAACGUCCUUCUACAGCUGAUAGUCACAUUCAAGGAGAAGAACUACUUCCUCUUCACCUACCCUCAAUCGGGCAUGUUUUCCCAAACGGGAGUGGCGGUGUCGUCGCGCAUGGAGCGCACGUCCGACCUCUACCACCUGCGCAUCGAGUCCGCUGACCCCUCCUCCGCCGCCGCCCACCCCCCGGUGGAGCUCUGCAAGAGCAUCACCAAGUGGUACACGGCGGACGGGCUGCUGGCGGAGGACAUAUUCCUGGACGACGUGCAGCGCCUUGUGGAGCAGUAUGAGGACGACUCCCGCAAGAACCGGUGAUGCCCCGCGCCAUGCACCACCCUUACCAGCGCCGCAGACAAGGGUGUUGGAGCUGGACCUUUGGAGGGUUGGAUGUUCUGUGGGGAUGCGAAAUGGUUCUGUUGAUUGAAAUUUCCAUGGUUCCAGUGCAUGGGUACAUGACGUGAGCCCGACGGUUCCAUAAAGCUUCACGUCAGCCCAGGGGACAGGCUCCAAUUUCCUGCCUGCCUGCCCCUGCUGUGCAUGUGUAUCUGAAAUCUUUACUUGCGGCCUUUGUAACAGCGUUAGAAUCAUGUGGGCAGGGCACUGCGUAUACAAACAGCGGCUUCUAAUC